AUGUCGGCGCGACCAACAACACCAAUGUCUCCAAAGACGGCCAGGGUCAAGUCACCAGUCCCUGGUACACCAGUAUUUGGUUGUGAGCAUGUCCAAAGGAUGUUUUCGCAGUCCCAGGAUGCCAUGAACUUGUCUGUAUAUCAUUAUAAGAUGAUUCUGAAAAACAUCUUUGAGCAGACCCCCAUUGUACCACAGACAUCCAAGAACGCGGACGGCCUGGUUAUGACUUCCCUCACCUCCAACUAUCUUUGCCUCCAGUGCUCGACGAUAGUGACUGAAGAGGACCGUCUGAAGCACGGCACAAAAAAACAACAUCGCUUUUUUCUAGAUGUUGAUUCUCGCAGUGGCGCCCUCUAUUGCCAGAUAUGUGAUGACUUAGUCUGGGAUCCUACACUCGAGGAACUACGUGUGCGGAAGAUGGGCACUGGAACUUUUUCAAGCCGUAAGAGAAAGCAUGAUGAAAUGUUCUCUGACAGCAUCAAGGACAACCCCCUCUACAUCUCUACAAACACAACAACAGCCUCUUGCAAGGCUAACGGUUUGCGGGGCAUUUAUAACGCUGGCGCCACUUGCUACCAGAACGUGGUGCUGCAGAGCUUUCUUCAUAAUCCGCUGCUGCGUAAUUUUUACCUCAGUGAUGGACACCAAAGCAACGACUGCGGCGUACCUAACUGCUUGAGCUGCGCAAUGGAUGACAUGUUCCAAGACUUCUAUGCCGUUGAAAAUACUAACGGUUUCACGGCGGCAAGUAUUCUCUCUGGAUUCUGGAUCUCGGAGAAGAAGGCGUUUGAAAACCUCGUAACCACAAAGGAGCAAGACGCCCACGAGUUCUUUCAGUUCCUCGCCGAGGAGCUACAUGAACGUAACGGAGAUGGCAAAAAACCAGAGACCGGUAGUGAGCACAGUUGCAACUGCAUCAUUCACCAGACAUUUUAUGGCAAGCUGCAAAGCUCCACGACAUGCCAAAACUGCAGCGGGGUAACAAAUACUGUGCAGUCGUUCCUUGAUCUGAGCUUGGGGCUUGAGAAUAUGGCCCACAAGAGAAAAAAGGGCGGCCAGAAGAUUCCAAGCUUGACGCUACAAGAAUGCCUAGAUGAAGAAUACGUUAAGUAUGAUAAGUGCGAGUAUCGUUGCCACAACUGCAACGGGAUGCAGCAAGCACGAAGAAACACCAGCAUUAAGCGUCUGCCUAACGUGCUUGCUAUUCAGCUGAAGUUUGAAAAGCGCUUCGAGUACAAGCAGGGUCGCCACGACAGAGCGCCAUCAAAGAUCGAUACGGUGGUUAAUUUCCCUUUGCAGCUCAACAUGUUGCCAUAUACGAGUAGAGGCAGGGGUGCCGAAGCAAAGGAUGCGGUCGAGCUAGGUAGAUCUUGCACGUACGACCUGCUCAGUGUUGUUGUUCAUGUUGGUGAGAUUGAUACCGGCCAUUACGUAUCUUACUGCCGAGUAGGCGACCAGUGGUUUAAAUUCAACGAUCACAAAGUCGAGAUGGCAUCCAAGUCAGAUGUCCUCAGUACGCAGCCUUACCUACUCUUUUAUAUUAUUCGUUCUCUUUCGUAA